AUGGCGAAUAACCAGCAUAUGGGGACAUCGAACUUGAACGAGAAUGAGGCCAUCCUAACGAACCGCGUUGCAGAGCUGGAAAGGAGAAUGUCAAUGUUUGAAGGCAUCUUCCACGCGUUGAGUAGCCGUCUGGACCUUCACUUCAAAAAAUACGAUGUGGUAGUCAAUUCUCAACAGCAACAAAUCAACGAACUAACCGCGUUUUUAUCAACUCUACUAAAUGACCAGCAGCGCCACGCUGAAAUCUUGAGUGAGAAAUUGUCUGGAACGUUGCAUGGGGUGUCUGCCACGUCGAUAUCUUUGAGUCAAACUCUUGACCCACAAGGCUUUAGUGAUGGACCUUCGGCACCAAACACUCAGAGGAAUUACGGACCGGUAUCUUUAAAUAACAGUGAAGCUGCGAAUACACAGAGUGAAGGAGCCGUUAGCAACGAAACGCUGUUCGAGGACAUUUUGAAUGGCAAUUCGCAAGAAAACGACAAGAAUCAACAGCAUCCUAACAGUUCGAACCCGAUAAACCAAGAAAACAACCCCAAUCCUUCAGUGGAUGGUCGGUUUAACAAACCCCAAAACUAUAAUCCCAACUUAGUCACUACGUUGGAAGAUUAUACAACGAACCCACCUAAUAACGAUGGUGGCCAAAGUCAAGGGCUAUACAUAAGCAGUACGUCUUCCCAGUCUCAACAGUCCCCCAAUCUGCAGAAAAUAUCUCCCGAACAUGAAAGUGCAGUGGAACCAAGUGUGCAGGAGGGCGUACCGACAUUUGAAGAAGAACAGUAUGAAACUAAAACAGGCCUCAAGAGGAAACGAAUAGUUUGCACAAGACCAUUCGAAUUCAUCAAGUCACCACAUUCAGUGAUGGAGGUUUGGAAGGAGUAUACCGAAGGAGUAAAUGGACAGCCCUCCAUAAGAAAAAUGGAAGCCCUGUAUCAAACGGCAUGGAGACGGGAUCCUGCAGUGAAUAAAAGGUACUCGAGAAGAAAAGUGCUUUGGAAAGCCAUUCAGACAGGUCUUAACCGUGGGUAUUCAUUGAAUUAUGUCAUUGAAAUUUUGGAAAACUCAAGAUAUGUUAAUGACAAACAGAAAGUUAAACAGCCUAUUGGUUGGUUGUGCCACAGCUCUCAUAUUCCAGAAAUCUUAAAGUGA